GUUGCCUCCCUCUUCAAUUUUUUUUUAGGCCCUUUUUCUUCCUCAACGUCCGAACUUCAAAUCGGACAUUUAAAUUAAAUUCUCUGGUUGUUUCUUUGUCACUCCCUCUUUCUUCCUUCACCGUCGGUCGGUCUGAAAUAGUCAACCUUUUUUGUCCAAGAAUUGCGAUUCGCAGUUCUUGGGUUAUUUAUUUAGGGCAAAGCUUUUUCUCUGCAAUGGCUCACAACAGCAACAACGCUGGUGGAGUUGAUAAUACAUUUAGAAGGAAAUUUGAUCGUGAAGAAUACUUGGAACGGGCUCGUGAGCGUGAAAAACAGGAGGCGGAGGGACGAACUAAAUCGAAAUCUAAAGGUCCUUCAGUGCAAAGGAAGCCGUUGAAACAUAGGGAUUAUGAAGUAGACCUCGAGUCUCGAUUGGGAAAAACCCAGGUUGUUACUCCAGUUGCACCUCUGAGCCAGCAGGCUGGUUACUACUGUUCAGUGUGUGAAUGUGUAGUAAAGGAUUCUGCAAACUACUUGGAUCAUAUUAAUGGAAAGAAACAUCAAAGAGCUUUGGGCAUGUCUAUGCGGGUAGAGCGGGCAUCUCUUAACCAGGUCAAGGACCGAUUUGAACUUCUCAAGAAGCGGAAAGUCCCAGGCAGCUUCACAGAGCAAGAUCUUGAUGAGCGGAUUUUAAAACAACAGCAAGAAGAUGAGGAGCGGAAGCGCCAGCGCCGGGAAAGAAAGAAAGAAAAAAAGAAGGAAAAAGUAGAAGAAGAGGAAACUGAAAUGGACCCUGACGUUGCAGCUAUGAUGGGAUUUGGGGGUUUCCGUUCAUCCAAAAAGUGAUCUUGCACCAUCAGAGACUCAGAGUGAGGAGUUCUACCGUUGCAAUAUUUAGAGCUUUUUUUUUUUUUUUUUCGUUUUUAUCCUUAUUUUGUUACAAGCUGAAUGUUCCAUGGGAACAAACCUUAUCCAGACUAGAAUCUGGAACAUUGUAUACAUUUUAAAUGUUCCAUAUUGAUCAAGCUAAAGAAGGGAGAAAAAUUAGAGAAUUUUGCUUGA